UGCAUGUAUGGUGGCACCAAUUAACCCGCUACAUCAUGCAAUUGUCCUGUGAGUAAGAAUCUGCUUCCUUUUGGCUAGCGGAAAAAUGACAAACUUCCCAAAACAGAUAUUCUGUUUCUGCCUUUCUCGCACCCUAAAGGUGAUUUUCAAACCAAAGGAAAGAAAGUAGCAGUACACACUGCACACUGCAACAGUACACACACUGAAACCCCAAAUUUAUUGAAAUGAGAAAUUCAAGAAAACUCUUGUAGGCCACAAAACUGAAAACCACUUUUCUUCCUAUAUCUUGUGGAUUCAAGAAAAUGGAAGAUUCAGAGUUGAAUAUGGUGUACGAAAAAGAGAAGUCAAUGGUGAAAGUUUGUGAGAGUAGCUUCAGAAACAGUGUGUGGCCAUCACUGAAGCCAUUUGUGAAUGGAGGGCUUGCUGCAGUGCUUCCAUUGAGUAGUGUGUAUUUUUUGCAAUCAUGCAUUUACCACAGCUUAAACGCCAUGAUCAAGUCGUCCGGUCAAGAAUUAAUCAACCCUAAACGGCUCCAUCAAACGCACUUCAAUGUGUCUCAGAGACUGCCAUUCGUGUUGUCUCGAGGAGGGAUAAACAUGGCUGCGCUACUUGGAUCCUAUGAGUAA